AUGACCAACAGUUCUACCUUCUGCCCAGUUUACAGAGACCUGGAGCCAUUCACAUAUUUUUUUUAUUUAGUUUUCCUUGUUGGAAUUAUUGGAAGUUGUUUUGCAACCUGGGCUUUCAUACAGAAAAACACAAAUCACAGGUGUGUAAGCAUAUACUUAAUUAAUUUGCUUACAGCCGAUUUCCUGCUUACUCUGGCGUUACCAGUGAAAAUCAUUGUCGACUUGGGCGUGGCACCCUGGAAGCUGAGGAUAUUCCACUGCCAAGUAACAGCCUGCCUCAUCUACAUUAAUAUGUACUUAUCAAUUAUCUUCCUAGCAUUUGUUAGCAUUGAUCGCUGUCUUCAGUUGACAUACAGCUGCAAGAUUUAUCGAAUACAAGAACCUGGAUUUGCCAAAAUGAUAUCGGCUGUUGUAUGGUUAAUGGUCCUUCUUAUAAUGGUGCCAAACAUGAUCAUUCCCAUCAAAGACAUCAAGGAAAAGCCCAACGUGGGUUGUGUGGAAUUCAAAAAGGAGUUUGGAAGAAACUGGCAUUUGCUGACAAAUUUCAUAUGCAUAGCAAUAUUCUUAAAUUUCUCAGCCAUCAUCUUAAUAUCUAACUGCCUUGUAAUUCGACAACUCUACAGAAACAAAGAUAAUGAAAAUUAUCCAAAUGUGAAAAGAGCUCUCAUCACUAUACUUUUGGUGACUACAGGCUACAUCAUAUGUUUUGUUCCUUAUCACAUUGUCCGAAUCCCAUACACCCUCAGCCAGACAGAGGUCAUAUCUGACUGCUCCACCAGGAUUUCACUUUUCAAAGCCAAAGAGGCCACACUGCUGCUGGCUGUGUCCAACCUGUGUUUUGAUCCGAUCCUGUACUAUCAUCUCUCAAAAGCUUUCCGCUUAAAGGUCACGGAGACGUUUGCUUCACAUAAGGAGACCAAGGCUCAGAAAGAAAAAUCAAGUUGUGAAAACAAUGCAUAAAAUACGGGAUUUUCUCAUGCUAUCUUUUCCUGCCUUACUGGACAAUUGAGUCUACAAAACUGCUGGGAAGGAGGGAAAAAAGAGCCUCCAUAAGUAAAAACACAGGCAGCUAGCCAAUGUGGCUUGGUUCACUGAGAAACCCUGUUUCUAGAUGCAAGCCAAGCAGUACUCUUGCGGUUGCUGAUGCUCCUUAACCCAAACGUUUGUACGAAAAACUAAAAAGUCUUGUUGCACCAACAUAAACCCUGCAAUAUCCUUGAAAUCUAAAUGAGCUCUAUGACACAGACUGAAGUAUUCAUGAGGUAUUCAUUUAAAGGCCUGGAACUGACUUCCUGAUAGAAAUAUGCAAAAUAAUCUCCAUGUAAGUUUCCAGAAAGCCCUUCAGCAACACAAUUUAAAGUCCUUUAGAUCGCUUAAAAAAAAAAAAAAAAGCCAGCUGAUUUUUUACAUGAAACCACCUGUGCUGUGCCGGAUUUUGUUUUAAUCCAUCACUUCGAAAAUGGUAACCUUUUAGCU